CCCCAAUCAGGAAACGGCAGGCGUGUGUGCAGGAUUAGUGCGGAAUUGAGCCGUAGAAUUGAAUAAAAACUGAUUUCUUUCCUAAUCGGUAUUAUUUUCAUAAACAGGUCGCGAUGGUUUAUCACUCGGUGGCGUUGCCUAUGAUCUGCUUCACAACUCUGUGGGGUUUAGUGGGAGUUGUUGCCCCGUUUUUGGUACCGAAAGGACCCAACAGAGGUGUUAUCAUAACCUGUUUGGUGCUGACUGCGGUUUGCUGCUAUUUAUUCUGGUUAAUAGCGAUACUGGCCCAAGUAAACCCUCUGUUUGGACCUCAGCUGAAGAAUGAGACCAUCUGGUAUCUGCGUUACUUCUGGGAAUAGAUGAAGGUGUCAUUUGCCAAUUCCAGUCGGACCAUUUAUUUCAUCAGUCUUUUUUCUAACCCUAACACUAACACAGUUAAAACAGCCCUGUGUACCUUUGUUUUAAUGUGAAUAAGUAAAACAAGAGGUUAUAUAUGUCCUGAUAUUGUAGUAAUUAAUUCCAAUUACGAAAGAGUUAAACAUUUCGAUAAUACUAUGGACACUAUCAUAAAUAUGUCCAAAGAAAUGUUAUAGUGAUGUUAUUGUGACGUCCAGUGCAUUUGAAAAAAAAGUACACUUGUAAAGUACUGUUAAUGUUGGUCAGUUUUCAUGAAAUUUUCCUUGCAUCUGUGACAUACUUUAUUCACAUUUUCUUGUUAUUAUUUGUUAUCAUUAUUUAUUUUACUUGUUUUUUGUUUGCAAUGUGAUGGAUAUUUUAUAUAUUAUAUGAAUGAAAGUUGUUGUAUAUGUUAAUUAAAGACCAUGAUACUAAAAUAAAACAGAAGUGAACCUACUGUGCUUUCAAGCAAUAAUGUAUUUAACUUACAUAAAUGUUGAAAAUAUGCACAAACAGAAGUGGAAGUAGCAACAUCAACUUCAAUACUCAUUAAAUGUAUUAUGAGGAAAUUGUUUGUUUAAAAGCAGCACAUUAUAUUUCUAUUAUAUAAAUAAUUUAUUUACCUGUCUAUAUUUGUUACAUCUCAAAUAUUUGCAUGAGAUCAUCUUGAUAUUGUGCUACUCAUUUUUGCAGCAAAAAUGGUGUAUUGAUAAAUACAGUUUUUGAUGAAUACAGUGCAUCUGUUAUUGCUAUGUUGGGAUAUGUCUGAAGGGUAAUAAUUGGUCAUUUCUGGUUAUGUGACUAUCACAAUUAAAGAUUAA